AUGCAGGUGGCCAACCGCUCGCAUGGGCACGAAGAGGUGAACGGGGUGCGCCUGUACGGCCUCGACGCCGAGAUGCACCGCAAAAUGGAGAGCAAACGCGACCGCGAGUUCGAGAAGCAGCUCGCCCAAUGGGUGGCCGCAGCGACCAAGGAGAAGGUGGACCUUACAGACCCCAUUGGGUCCUUUCGUUCGGGCAUUAUUUUGUGCAAGUUGGCAAACGCCAUUCAGCCGGACAUUAUUCGCAAGAUCAACACCCGACCCAUCGCGCUGCUCGAGAUGGAGAACAUUGGGUUCUACCUCAAGGCCUGCUGGAAGCUGGGCGUGGCCUCGGCCGAGCUCUUCGUCACAUCGGAUCUCUACUUGCGCAAGGGCGAGCCGCAGGUGUUCGUCAACUUGCUGUCCCUCGCGCGGAUCGCCGACUCCACGACUUCCUACAAAGGACCCACGAUGAAGUCCCUGGGCUUCAAGGCGUUGGGCAAACCCGUGGAAAAGCGCACGACGCAGUGGUCGAACGUGAUCCAAGAGCAGGGUCCGCUGUACAUUACCGACAUCGAGCGACAGGAGCAGGAGCAGCAAAGGCAGCAGAGCCCGCGCAGCGCGGCCGGCGGUCAGCCCGCCAAGCUGCUGCCCGCCAAGUCGGGGUCGUCGCCGCUCGUGCCGCCCGCCUCUCCUCGGGGCGGCAGCCCGCGUCCUUCCGCCGAGCUGGAAGCCGUCAAAAUUCUGGAGCGACAGCUGGAGGACGAGCGCAAGCGCUCGGUGACGGCGGUGGCGGAGAUCAAGCGACUGCAGAAGGAUCUCGAAACGGCCAAGGGCCAGCUGGAUGCCGAGCGGAGGCGAGGCACGGCAGCUUCUUUGCCUGCUGGAGCGGCCGGCAAGGAGGAGCCUCGCAACCGCGCGGGCACCGUGGUCGACACGCAGGCCCUCUACGAAAAGAUCCGCACCCUUGAAUUGAAGAAGGAGAAGGAGCUGGAGGAGGCGUGUGCCAAGUUUGAGGCGCGGCUGCGGGAAGAACGGCGCAAGUGGGAGGAAGAGGCGGAGCGGGCUCGCGCCGACCUGAUGAACGACAUUCAGUACUGGAAGACUGAAGCCGAAUCCAAGGACCUGCGAUUGACUGCUCAGCAGAAGGACGUGGGCCAGUCGGAGGAAUGGGAGAGGCGCACGGCCGAGAGGCGGAAGCGGGAGAUGGAGCUGGCGCAGCGCAAGGAGGCCGCGGCCAAGGCCCUGCUCGAGCGCGAGAAGAAGAAGGCCGAGCAGGACAAGGUCGAGAUCGAGCGGCUGAAGGCCGAACUGGCGGCCGUCACGCGGGAGAACCAAGAGCUGCGACAGGCCAGGGACCAGGCCCUGAGCAAGUCAACGUCAUCGAUGUCAUCGGCCGUGUCGUCGGUGCAGCCCGUCGCGCCAGCCAAGCCGGAGGAGGAAGACGUGGGUAUCUUCGAGCGCCUGCGCAAGAACACGAUCGUUAACGUUGGUCGGCCUGCGCCCACAUCGCCGCGCAAUCAGAUCGCCACCCUUCGCUGGGCCAACAAACAGAAGCAGGACGACGAGGAGGCACGGCUCGCCUCCCCUCAAUAA